UAAAUCUAUGGUCAUUGUAAAGGAAAUGGCAAUAGAAGGUUACGGGGAUUUCAAUUUUAUCAUUAACUUGUUAUGUUGAAAUCAAUUUGAAAACCAAUAUUUUUGUGAAGAAAUUAUAAAUAUUAAUAUUGAAAAAAAAUUGCUGUGCUAUAUAAUAUUAAAAAAAAUGACAACAAUUUGUUUAUAACAAUAAAAAAAUUUGUGUCAUGAACGAGAGGUUAACUUCCAAAUAAUAUUGUAUACUCCAAAUGACUGAUCAGAAUUUUUCUAUCAGUGAUAGUUCCAUUGUGUGUGUCAGCUGAUGAGUUUGAUAAUAUUUUUUCAAGUGUAACAACAGCAAAUUCCCCCCAACAUUUUAACCAUUUUUUCGAUUAGCUGGCAAUUUAUUUGUCAUGGCUGAUAAUUUAUUAGGGGAACUCAGUAGUGAUCAAACUGAAAAAGUCCUCCAAUUUCAGGAUUUAACGGGUAUUGAAGAUCUUUCCGUGUGUCGAGAUGUCUUGCAACGUCAUAACUGGAACUUGGAAGUGGCAGUUCAGGAACAGCUUAAUUUGUACGAAGGUAGACCGUCAAUGUACGCACAAGAUUCACGAUCGCGACCUCCCGCUGUCGUUGAUGACACAACAACAAGAAUAUAUUUCAGCUCCUCAGGAAGUUCGUCUGGUGGUGGCGGAUUUAUUUCAUAUGUUUUUUCCAUGUGUUAUAAUUUAGUAACCAGUAUUUUACAAUUAGUAUUCGCCAUAUUCAGGACAAAUGUCAGACCUGUAUCGUCAGAUCCAGUAGAAGACGUAAUGAAAUUCAUCAGAUUUUAUGAUGAACAUUAUGGUAGAAAUCAUCCUGUUUUUUAUCAAGGCUCUUAUAGUCAAGCACUUUCCGACGCUAAACAAGAACUGAGAUUUUUACUUGUUUAUUUACAUAAAGAUGAUACACAAGAAGUUGAACAAUGGUGCAGAAGUACCUUGGGUGAUGCCGAUCUAAUUCGAUGUGUAAAUAUGCAUACACUUUUUUGGGCGUGCAAUGUACAAUCAGGUGAAGGUUACAAAGUUGCAGAAGCUCUUAAAUCUGGUACUUAUCCUUUCCUUGCUCUGAUUGUACUCAAGGAUAAUCGAAUGUCCAUUGUUGGACGAAUGGAGGGCACACCGUCACCGGAGGAAUUGAAUGAACGCCUACAAACUCUCAUAGAUAACAACGAUAUUAAUUUAAUUCAAGCCCGUCAAGAGCGAGCCGAAAGAUCGGCAGCACAAUCGCUACGUCAACAACAGGAUCAGGCCUAUGAGGAAUCAUUGCGCGCUGAUCAGGAGAAGGAUCGAAAACGCGAGGAAGAACGUCGUGCACGCGAAGAGGCGGAAGCAAGAGAACGAGAAAAAUUAGACGCACAGGAAAUGGAAAUUCAACGUAUUCGUAAAGAAAAAGAAAUGACAACCGGAAAAAUUCCAUUCGAACCAGAACCAUCAAAUCCAAAUGCUUGUCAUCUACAAAUUAAACUCGGCGAAAGAACAAUGAAAAGACGAUUUCUUCUCACAGACACAAUUGAAGACGUCUAUCAUUGGAUAUUUAGUCAACCUGAUUCACCGACAUGUUUCGAAAUAACGACAAGCUAUCCUAGAAGAAUUCUCUAUCCAACAGUUGAAAUUGUAACAUUAUUUGAAGCUGGACUUACUCACAGAGAGGUUCUACAUGUGAACGAUUUAGAUGACUAACCUUACAUGAUAAACACAAUAAUUGCGAAAUUUUAAACGUCAAGAGAUAAAUAAUAUAUAUAUA